UUUCCGAAGUUAGGUAUCCAAAUUCAGUUGGCUUUGAAACACCUAGCACUCCUACAACAACAUCCGAAAUGUGGAGAGGACACAAGGAAAAACCCACUUCCACCCGUUCGAUGGCCAGGCAAGUUGUCCACCCUGAGAGGCCUUUGCCGCCGUGGAGUCGUCUUCUGGAGCACAAUGCAGAAGGUUGUCUGCGGAAGAGAAGUGGGGAAAAGGAGGAGCACUACGAGGUGGAGAUCUCCAACCACUUGUGGUCACUUUGGGGCAGCACACAGCAAGUGAAACCCGGGGAAAACAGUUCCUCGUCGGAGGCCGCAUCCGGAAGUACCUCGCCUCCUGGCCAGGCAUUGGCAUGUUGCGUGUUAGCCUAUUGUGCAGGCAGUUAUCAGUCCUUGGAUUCCUGGAACUCUAGCGCGCUGGACAAGAUCAUGUCGAAUGGGCGGUGCUACUAUGACGAAAGCUUGGCGACCAGGCAACAUUGGAAUCGUACAGGACAGCUCUGCCUGGAGUGCCUGAACACCACCUGCUUUCUCGAUGGUCACGAGUUUUGGGUGGACAUCGAAAAGCUCUGUACCGGUAAAUUGUACAGCAGAACCAAGAGCCUGGGAUCCGCACUGAGUAAGUUCUUCGGCCAGCAUCUGCAAACGGGAAUUCUUCAGCUGAGGGAUCAGGCUCUGGCCUUUGGGUUUAUCCCAGAAUUUUCCUCCGGAGGAGCCUUCUUCCUCUUCCACUGCCAGGCGAGGGGAAGGCCCCUUUUCAAGGACUGCGAAAGUGCCCCGUAUGUGCUCAGGAUGCGAAAGCUGCAGCAGCUGCUCUACUGCAUGCUCAUCACGUUGAACGAGAGGCGCCACAAUGUGCCCUUCAGGAUCUACAAGGUGGGAUGUGUGCCCCGUGCAAAUUAGCUGGAUGUGGCCAAGCUAGAUGUGCAUAUCCACCCCUUAAAAUUUAAUCGCACCAGGCCACUGAAUUAAAUAAUUAAAAUUAUAGUGCACUAUUAAGGCCAAAAAACCCAUAAUAUUGAUAGAUACACAAAUGUACAGUGCCUGAGAAGGUAAGUGACAUCAGCCCUAUUAUACUAUAUAUACUAUACUAUAUAGGUGCACAUAGUCACCGACUUGAGCUAACGUAACCCACGUUAAGUAUACACUUUGCCAGGCAAAUCAAGAGUAAUUGUCUCACAUCACUGCGCUUGACAUUGCAUUUGAUUUGAGGAGCGUUCCAUUGCCUUCUUCAUGGUGCGGUGCUGUUUGUAUCCACAUGUAUGGUCAGCAAGCGGAAAUGAGUUCAGUCUUUCAUUCAAUUGGCGAAAUUCGUUAAUUGGCAACCACGCAAAUUCAAAAUAUCCGCAAAACUCCCUUUUCGCGAAUCGCAAUGACAUUUGACCCCGUCAAUUGAGCGUAGGAUUUGCAGGGCUUAAAGACUGGAUGCUAAGACAGAUUGCUACUAAAUUCGGGGGCCGCCUGGUAGCGUGA